CGACGUCGUCGCCGUCGCGAAAAGUCCCUCCUUAGUUCCGGUGCGAAACCGGCGCACGUCACUUACCGUUCUCGCGGUGAUAACCGUAGGGGAAGGUGGGGGGAGGCAGUGGAGAAGAAGACGGCUAUGCCAAUGUUGGCGCGCACAUCGGCGUAGCUUGGUGCUUCUUCGAUCUUUUUUUCCUCGCUUUUUCUUCCUGGCCGGGCGCGCGACCACCGAUGUAACAAUGCGGGAAAUUCUGCUGGCGGUGUUUUCCGUGGUGUCCAGCCUGCUGAUAGUGUUCAGUCUCGUCUCGCUGGGUUGGUUCCUGGUGUGGAAGUUCUUCCUGUCGCGGUUCCGCUUCGUGAGAGAGCUGCUCGGUGGAAUGGGCGAGUCGUCCUCCGUGACGGAUCUGAAGAACGGCCGCUCGCGCAUCAAGAAAAUUCGCCGUGAGUAAAUAUAUACCGUACACCGGAC